CGCGGCAUCGAAAAUCUAGUAUGGCGGCGCCCUGUUCGUAAGGUGUCAGGAAAUACAAGUUCGCAAUUGUUGAAUAAAGAAGCGUCUUCGUUUCAAGCCGUUCAUAUCGAAGGAUGGGAUUCUUUCGUUUAUUUUGUAAGUCGAAUCAAUGGAAUUCGAUCCAAGUUCGGGUUCGACUGCUAAGUAUUCAACAAACUGUCGCCAAAGUACUGAGGGAAAUCCCGCAAAGUAAGCCGUUGUCGCCACCGAAUCUAUCAACAAACCAAACGAAGGACGUCUAUAGUCGUAUUAAAUGCCUGAUCGGGAUCGAGUUGCCACAUGUACUGUCCGGACUGCGCUGUCCAAAAUACCGCAGGGAUUUAACCCAACCCGGGCGCUGCUAUUGCACAUCAACCAAGAUCUCCAGAGACGUCGUUCUGUUCCAUCACGACCGAACACGCUUCGUACGCCUCCUGGCGACCUUCUGCGGCGCUCAGACUCUCUUCUGGACCUACCUUGCACAUUUCGCUUACACUGGUUUAAGAAACGACAGCUCUUUAAAAGAACAACGCAAAGUUACCACCACGGGCCUUGCCGGGUUUUGGAGCUUCGAUAUCAAUUUAGGAAGAAGUGUUUGGAGAUACGGGUUUACAGGAGGGUGUCUUGCGGUGGGAGCAGGCAUCAUAGGACUUGGCGUCCUGUUUUGUCGCCGUUCUGUGAGUCGGGUGAUUUUGCACCAAGGAGGCAAGAUGGUGACAGUGGCGACCCAGUCCCCCCUGGGACCUGACAAAGGUCGGCAAAUAACAGUGCCUCUGUCCCGCGUCGCCUGCCACGCCCACAGGAACGAGUCCCCCUCGUUUAUUCCACUCAAGAUUAAGGACAAUAUAUUCUAUUUUCUUUUGGACAAAGAAGGGACAAUAAACAAUGCUCAAUUGUUUGAUGUAACUGUUGGGGCAUAUCGACCACUCUAAUUGAACAAUUGGGUACCAAAGAUUAUGUCAAACAAUUUGUCAUGAAACCAAUUGUAUUUAUGAUCUGUGGAAUCAAUUGUAAGGGGAAACAAUUGGUAGUUUACCAACAACUGUUUCAAAUAAAUUCCAAUGAUGGUGAAUUGA